AGCGCGUCUGACGACGAGAGCAGGUUCCUCACUUGCCCAAUAGAACGCAUCAAGAUCAUCCAGCAAGCCUCGACGACGCUCCAUCAGCCGUCCACAUAUGCAGUCGUACGACGCAUUCUGCAAUCAUACGGCUUUGCCGGGCUCUACAGAGGUCUGUCGGCGACGAUGCUGCGCGAUCUAGGCUAUGGUGCGCCGUACUGUCCAGAGGCUCCUAUCGCCUGUCUCAUGUGAAGAUGCAGGGCCGUAUUUCUACGCGUACUACGGCAUCAUCAGACUAUUGUCACCAAGGAUGGCAGUGCCAACGCCGAGCGACUCGGUUGCGGCCUCAAGCCUGUCCGAGACGGCUGCAACCAGCACGUCGACGCUGUUAGUCGCAGGAGGUGUCGCAGGCAUUGUUGGCUGGGCGUCGACUUAUCCCCUGGACAGCAUCAAGACUCGUAUACAAGCUAGCGAUGCACAAGCAUUCACAACUCGCUCGAGUGCGCCUUCUCGCCCAGUCUCAACGCUGGCUACCAUCCGGACCUCACUGGCUUCAUCCGGCAAUCGACGCAGCUUGCUCGCAGGCCUGGGACCGACACUACUACGCGCUGUGCCCGUGAAUAUGGUACGCUCGAAGUCGCAAUGCAUCUCGGAAGCUGAUCACAUCUGGGUAGGUCACAUUUGGAGCCUAUGAGCUCGUUCUGAGUAGCUUUAGAUAGACUUGUCGUUGUACAUCAUCGUAGAGAGUUCGUCAGCGGAUAUC